AUGAGUAUCAAGGUUGGCAGCAGUCUAUUCGACGACGGCGAAGUCCACAAUGUGACAAGCUUCUUUUUACACCCAAAGUUUGUCAAUUUAGUGAAAGGCGAUAUCCCUGACUACGAUGUUUCUAUUCUGAAGCUUGCGACGCCUCUCAGCUUUGGCCCGGGCAUCCAGCCUGUCGGGGGUAUGGUGAACAAGGGGCAAGAGCCCGUGGCGGGCGACAUUGGUUUCACCUCUGGCUGGGGCACGCUACAGUGGCAAGGAGAAUCUCCCAAAGUGCUCCAAUCUGUUGAGAUUCCCGUUAUCCGACACGAAGUGUGCGCCAGGACGUAUGCAGCCGACAAGUACAGGCUCCCAGUUGGUCAGCGCAUGUUCUGCGCCUCGAUGUCCCAGGGAGGAGAGGACUCUUGCAACAGCGACUCUGGUGGUCCUUUUAUUAUUAAUAAAAAGAUUGCUGGUAUUGUGUCUUGGGGUCAUGAGUGCCCGUGCUGA